GUGGAAUCGGCAAGUGCUGGACAUUUUGCUCCGCAUGUUUCCGUCGCAUUAUCGACCCACACUGCUGCAUCCUUACACCGAUCCGGAGCUCAGUGCGAAUCACAACCUGCUCUGCGAUCGAAUCAUCACGUUUAUUCGGAACUGGGAGCCCAAAGGAAGCGGCUCGUUCAUCGGAACGGAACUGUCCGCCGAUUUCUUCCGCGCCUCUGCGUACGUUUAUGCGAACUAUUUCCCUCCCACUUCACGAAUCAGCAAGCUUAAGCUGACUUUGGUUCGGCGACCGACGAUUCGGUUGAUCGAGAACCACGACAAGUUCGUUCAGCGAAUCAAUCAGAAGCUGCUGGACUAUUACACGUACGACGAUAUUGUGCUGGAAGAGCUACCGGUCGAUCAGCGAAUCAAGCAAAUGAUCGGAACGGAUGUGCUGUUCGCGGUUCACGGAACGGGCGUGGCGAACAUGCUUUUCAUGACAAGACACAGCUAUUUCAUUGAAGCGUAUCCACCUCACUGGUAUUGGUCGUGCUAUCAGCGAUUCGCGAGGGCGAUUGGAGUGAAGGGCGUGGUAUUCAAGUCCAGAGGAGAGAGAGGUCCGGAGUGUAAGGAUGCAGAGGAUAAAAGUGCGGAAUGCCAGUAUAAAGGAAUCCGAGAUCGGAACUUUAAUAUGAGUGUGAAUGACGGAAUAAAAUACUUGUGGGAAGCUCGAUUGUAUGUAAUUGAGAACAAAUAUCAUCGUGAUCCUGUAACUAUAGAAAAGGCGUGGAUUGUUUGUUAUGAAUGA